AUGACUUCUGAAGCCCCCUCUCAAGACGUCGCCGCCCCAGAAGGCACUCCCAAUGCCGCGACAAACGGCGCCGCAAACGGAACCGCAUCGGAGAAGAAAGAGAGGAAACCAUUCUCAUGGGCUCAACCGCAUCCCAUCUUCGUCAUCGUCCUAGUAGGGCCCGAUGAGGAGCCCUUUGGCCUCCAGAAGGACUUCCUCUGUGACCGCUCCGAAUUCUACCGCAAGUAUUUCGAGGAAAAUGUCACAGAAAAGGCUCUGGAGCAUAUUGUGAAACUCCCAGAUAGCACGACCGAAGUAUUUGGCCUCGUACAAAGCUUCCUUUACACCGGCAAGAUCAAUGGCGAAAACUCCAGCGUCACUUCCUACGAAUGCCUGGUUGGUCUCUGGAACCUGGGUCACAAACUCGGCAUCAAGGGGCUAUGCGAGCAUACACUAGAGGCCAUGGUGGAGUGCCGACGAACCACGGGCCGGAUCCCAGCGACGCCGCUUCUCAUCCAGGUCUGGCGAGACACGCCCGAGGGAUCGUCUAUUAGAGUCCUCUUGCUGUCUUGGGCUGCUGAGUACAUGAGGUCUUCAGACGCACGGGCGGAGUUUGCCAAGUCUCUACCGCAGGAGGUGCUCAGCGAACUCGUGGUGACGAUGAGCUCUUUUGAGACGACUAUACUCCCAGCUCCGGCUCCUACUGCACCUGGAACUGUCACUGGGGCCGCCGCCCCUGGGCUCCCUUCAAGUGCUAUCAGGUCGACUCCUGACUCUCUUUCGGCAGGGCCAAGGAAGAAUGUCCAUUACCUAGACGAGCAGCCUGACGAAGAAGCCCUGGGCGCAAAGAAGAAUAGACGAUCCAUUGGCUUUGCAAGCGAACCGAGCUCGGCCCGCAAGUCGCACCGCAAGCCUGGCUCUUCCCCGCCAUUCAAACCACAGAAGCGACGCUCGAGCGCAGCCAUGUUGGAGGGUAGGACCUUUUCAACUCAGCAGAAGCUAGACUUUUGUGCCGAUCUGCUGAACAGGAUGCUCUCUGGGCCCGGCUUCUGGACGCGGCUCGUUGGCCCUUUUCGAUCGCCAGUCGACCCCGCGGAAGACGGCGUGCCGGACUACUUUGAAAAGGUCAAGAGACCAAUGGACCUCAGCACAGUGAAGAUGAAGAUGGAUCAGAAGGAGUACGCGACCGAGGAACAGUUCCUUGGCGACGUGCGGCAGAUUUUUGAAAACUGCUUUACGUACUGGAAGAAGGGCGAUCCGAUGUGGGCGGCCGGCGAGAGGCUGCAGCGCACGUUUGAAGAGAAGUACUCGCACAUGAACAAAUGGAUCGCCAAGCUGGGAGGCGAAGAGGGCGAGUAGGAUACCACUGACGCCGAUCCUCGCGGGGCAAAGGGAUGAGAGUCGCCUGCAAGUCCGAAGCCGUCUGUGAGAAGGCUUGACGGGCCUUGGCAGGGGACUGGGGUGGUGUCUAUACAGGCCGCCCGAAGCUCAAAGGAUCCGAGUUCUGUUCUGUUAAUCUGUCUUUGGAAGGUUUUCUUAUCACAGAGCCCCGGCUGUUAACGCUUGGAGGCUUGUUAUGUUGUGGGAGCAAAUGUAAUAAUAUGGGACGUCUCAGAGCCAUGGGCGAAGGAGAAAGGUGUAAGAUUAGGAUUGUAUCAUUAAUGCAAUAAAGUGGCUUGAUACCUAG